AUGGCUCCUCUAGUCUCUGCAAAAGGAGCGCUCGUCCUCGGGCUGCUCUUCGCGUCCGCGCUCCUCACUCUCGCCGCCCGACCGAAAUGCGUGCUGUACUCGAAUUGGGACGUGACGGAUAAACUGCAGACGCAAGCGAAGAAGAGCGGCAAGUCUACCAAGUCGCUGCCCACUGGCAGACUCACCAUCAAGGAAUAUAAGGGCAGCGACGACGAGUCGUUCGACCUGCAGGUGACUGCCGAGGUCACGGAGCUCCCAGAGCCGCCGGUGGGGAUUGUGAUCGGAAAGGGCAAGUUCGGCAGCAACACGGGAGUCUCGUGGUACAUCAACAAGCCGUGGAGCGGCGGCGGCGGCUCAUACAAGCUCGACUUCAAGCUGACGGCCAUUGAGAAGAUCAAGCCACGUGGCGGCAGCGGCACGGUUCUGGAGGUGCUCCAGGCUGUGGAUAAGGGUGUCGUGUCGGAUUACUACACCGCUGUUCUCACCAAGUCGACCAGGAAAUCCGGUGGCCUCGUUGGUGGCGGGUUCGUCAAGGGCUUCCCCAAUAUUCUGCCCAUGUUCAGCUGCUAA